GUCUUGCCCUGCUUGCCUGUACAAGUAAAGCCUAGUAAAUCUCGCGAGACUCCGCGAGGGGAUAAGUUGAGGGAACAUGGCGACGUCUAAUUUGUUAAAGAACAAAGGAUCCCUCCAGUUUGAGGACAAAUGGGAUUUGAUGCGCCCUAUUGUUCUGAAGCUGCUUCGCCAGGAGUCCGUUACCAAACAGCAGUGGUUUGAUUUGUUCUCAGAUGUUCAUGCAGUUUGUCUUUGGGAUGAUAAAGGUCCUGCAAAGAUCCACCAGGCUCUCAAAGAAGAUAUUCUAGAUUUCAUCAAGCAAGCACAAGCGAGGGUGCUGAGUCACCAGGACGACACGGCCCUGCUCAAGGCCUACAUCGUCGAGUGGAGGAAGUUCUUCACGCAGUGUGACAUCCUCCCCAAGCCCUUCUGCCAGCUGGAGAUCACGCUCAUGGGAAAGCAAGGCAGCAACAAGAAGUCCAAUGUGGAGGACAGCAUUGUGAGGAAGCUCAUGCUGGACACGUGGAAUGAGUCGAUCUUCUCCAACAUCAAGAACCGUCUGCAGGACAGCGCCAUGAAGCUGGUUCACGCGGAGCGUCUCGGGGAGGCCUUUGACUCGCAACUGGUCAUCGGGGUGCGGGAGUCGUACGUCAAUCUGUGCUCCAAUCCUGAGGACAAGCUGCAGAUAUACAGAGAUAAUUUUGAGAAGGCAUAUCUGGACUCCACCGAGAGGUUUUACAGAACACAAGCACCUUCGUACCUGCAGCAGAAUGGAGUCCAGAACUAUAUGAAAUAUGCAGAUGCUAAGUUAAGGGAAGAAGAGAAACGUGCACUACGUUAUUUAGAGACGAGACGUGAAUGUAAUUCUGUACAAGCACUUAUGGAGUGUUGUGUGAAUGCACUCGUAACCUCGUUCAAAGAGACCAUCCUGGCGGAGUGCCCAGGCAUGAUCAGGCAAAACGAGACUGAGAGUGAGUACAGCAGGAGCGGCAGUGCUGCUGACUCAGUGAGCUCAGAGUUGCACCUUAUGUUCUCACUUAUGGACAAAGUUCCCAGUGGCAUUGAGCCCAUGUUAAAGGACCUGGAGGACCACAUCAUGAACGCAGGCCUGGCAGAUAUGGUGGCAGCAGCUGAAACCAUCACUACUGAUUCAGAAAAGUAUGUCGAGCAACUCCUCACACUCUUCAACCGCUUCAGUAAGCUGGUGAAAGAGGCCUUUCAGGAUGACCCACGCUUCCUGACAGCCAGAGACAAGGCUUACAAAGCUGUCGUGAAUGACGCCACGAUAUUCAAACUGGAGCUGCCACUGAAACAAAAGGGUGUGGGACUGAAGACUCAGCCUGAGUCCAAGUGUCCAGAACUGCUGGCCAACUAUUGCGACAUGCUGCUGAGGAAGACUCCGCUGAGUAAGAAACUCACCUCAGAGGAGAUCGAGGCAAAGCUGAAAGAAGUGUUGUUGGUGCUGAAGUACGUGCAGAAUAAAGACGUCUUCAUGCGAUACCACAAAGCACACCUCACCCGCCGCCUGAUCCUGGACAUCUCGGCAGACAGCGAGAUCGAAGAGAACAUGGUGGAGUGGCUCAGGGAAGUCGGCAUGCCAGCAGACUAUGUGAACAAGCUGGCCAGGAUGUUCCAGGAUAUCAAAGUGUCUGAGGACCUGAAUCAGGUCUUCAAGGAAAUGCAUAAACACAACAAGCUGGCUUUACCAGCUGAUUCGGUCAACAUCAAGAUCCUGAAUGCCGGUGCCUGGUCCCGCAGCUCCGAGAAGGUGUUUGUGUCGUUGCCGACCGAGCUGGAGGACCUCAUUCCCGAGGUGGAGGAGUUCUACAAGAAGAACCACAGCGGCAGGAAGCUGCACUGGCACCACCUCAUGUCCAAUGGCAUUAUUACAUUCAAGAACGAAGUGGGGCAGUAUGACCUGGAGGUCACAACCUUCCAGCUAGCCGUCCUGUUCGCUUGGAACCAAAGACCCAGAGAAAGGAUUAGUUUUGAAAAUUUAAAGUUAGCCACAGAGCUCCCAGAUGCUGAACUGAGGCGGACACUCUGGUCUCUCGUAGCCUUCCCUAAACUCAAGCGACAGGUGCUUUCAUACGAACCUCAAGUCAGCUCUCCCAAAGACUUCGCCGAGGGCACGCUGUUCUACGUCAAUCAGGAGUUUUCUUUGAUUAAAAACUCAAAGGUCCAGAAGAGGGGGAAGAUCAACCUGAUUGGCCGGCUUCAGUUAACCACAGAGCGAAUGAGAGAGGAGGAGAACGAGGGCAUCGUUCAGCUGAGGAUAUUGAGAACGCAGGAGGCCAUUAUCCAGAUCAUGAAGAUGCGGAAGAAGAUCACAAACGCACAGCUCCAGACCGAGCUGGUGGAGAUCCUGAAGAACAUGUUUUUACCACAAAAGAAAAUGAUCAAAGAACAGAUCGAAUGGCUGAUCGAGCACAAAUACAUCAAGAGGGACGAAACGGACAUUAACACCUUCAUCUACAUGGCGUAGCACAGAAACGGGGCCGGACCGUAGCCGUUGGGAAGACUGUGAGAAGGUGGAGGAUGGCUGGUGGACAGUUGUUUACUGCGUUGGCUAGAGCGUGCCUCAACAGCGAAUAGACUUGUGUCAGAGGCAAACUUGGAUUCAUGACGAUUCAGUAACGGAAAUAUUAAAAUCCCUGCCUUACCGUACAAGAAUAAGAAAAAAAAAAAAGAAAAAAAAAAAAUGAAUAAAAAUUCAAAAAAAGAAAAGGAAGGACUAUAUUUUGCCAGUUUGUAGGCAGUGUGCAUGGUGGCAUUGGCUUUGGUGUUUCUGUAUCCGAGCAGCAUGCUGUUCUCUGGAGCGCACCUAGCGUCCUCAGAACAUUGUGUGUUAAAGUGUGUCCAGACGCCGUUCCUUCACCUCACCUCCCUCGCCAUUGGUCGGCUGGAGCGCAGAGACUUGCCCGCGGUAGACAGGCCACGCCCCCUCCCGCUGAGACCGCAGAGGGAGUGGGGGGAGGGCUGUGGGGACAGCCUUCUGUUUGAACAUAAAGAAUUGUGACUGUACAACGAGACCAUUUGCACUCUAUACAUUUUAAUCUGUCUGCAUAGAUCUGCCAGCACUCCUUAGGUUUGAACAUACAGAAAUAUCCUGCCCAUGCGCACUUCACGUGAACUCACUUCGGUUAUAAUGAAAAAAGGAAUUAAAUCAAUGAUCUUCGGCAUAAUCCAUUUAUAUGAAUUAGCCUAACUUCUUUGUUUUAAUAACCGCAGUUCUUUAAUGUAGCAGGUGAACAGGCGAUACUACAACAUUAGAUACACUUUUUUUACUAAAUUGUAUCUGCUGAUGUGUGUUCUUUAUUAAAACUUGUUGCAGAGGUUCAGGGCCAUUAUUACG